AUGCGAUCUCCUGUGGUAAAAUGGAUUAGAGCAAUGGAUGAGGUAUGAAUUUUCAGUGCGAUACUUCCCUUAUUUUAAUUUUGAAGGUUCCUGAAAUCAGUAAAUUGGCUCGAUCUAUUCUGCAAAACGCAUCUCGUUUAGAAUAUAGUCAUUUUAUUUCCGUUAACCUUGACGAAAUCAUGAGAGCUACAAAUAGACAUCACAGGGAGGUCAGUUUUUUUUUGAAAGAUGUACCGUGAGACGUUUUUUCAAAUUCAAUAAUAUAUGUCAGAAACAACCUAUUCACCUAAUGCACGUAUUGGUAAAACGAAAAUCAUUUUUUGGAAAAAUUCAACACAAACGAGAUUUGCUGGUUAAAUUGUUUGAUGCUCAUUUACAAAACAUGUCUGACACAUUAAAAAAUGAGUGUUUUCCAAAGUUUAUAGAAUUUGUUGAUGACCAACUUCUGAAUGAUGAUUUUCAAGAUCUUUAUAAUCAAUUGCAAGAACAACUGUUUGAUUUGAUUAAGGUAUGUAAGAUAAGAAAAAGUAGUCUAUUCAUGAUAGUUACCAGAAUUGUUUAUUGUUUAUAAUUCAUAUCAAUUUUCAUUUUCAGGCUGAAGAUUGGGAAACUCUUGAAUCAAUAGUAACAAGUAUCAAAGAACACACAGCGCGAAUGGAACCUUUAUUGAAAGGAAUAUCCGAAUAUACUUGCAAAGAAUGUGGUUUUUGUUUGGAUAUUGAUGAAUCUGAAGAUGAAAAUGAAAUUGAAAUUGACAAUUCAUUCGAUAACAUAUGA